UCUAGGAAGUUGCCUGGAAGAAGUUCUCAACGACCUACAGCGUUGUUUUUAACCGUGUGUUUGACGAUCCAUCGGUCUGUGUGAAUGGUUUAGAAUAUUAACGGUGUACUGUUUAUUUAUUUAUUUUUUUUAAAGAAGUGAAUUUAUAGUGAAGUUUUGCACUGUAGUGUGAGAAACAGGGAAGAUGUCCUCGAACCUAUUGUCGGGAUACUCCGCCCAGCUCCACAAUGACCAAGCACAAAAGGUGGACACAUAUCUGCAAAAUCUCCAGAUAUCAGAUGAGAAGUUGCUUGAGUUGUCAGUAAGAUUUCGACGUGAGAUGGACAAAGGUCUCUGCAGCGACACCAACCCCACAGCUACAGUCAAGAUGCUUCCCACGUUUGUGCGCUCCACUCCUGACGGCACAGAAAAGGGUGAAUUCUUGGCUCUUGACCUCGGCGGUUCCAGCUUCCGAGUGCUCCUGGUUAAAGUUAUGUCAAAUGGCAACCAGACUGUAGAGAUGGAAAGCCAGAUUUAUCCCAUGCCCAACGAGCUGAUGCAAGCCUGCAGCUCUGAGCUGCUCAAUGGAACUGAAUUGAUGAAGGACAAAAAACUGGUAUGGUUAUUUGACCACAUAGCAGAUUGUUUGGCUAAUUUCCUGGAGAAGUUGGAAAUAAAGGAUAAAAAACUUCCACUGGGCUUCACCUUCUCCUUCCCAUGUCAACAGACCAAGCUGGACGAAAGUAUUUUGCUGUCUUGGACCAAAGGCUUUAAGUCAAGUGGAGUAGAAGGACAGGAUGUGGUCCAACUUCUAAGGGCAGCCAUCAAAAAACGAGGGGACUUUGAUAUUGACCUUGUGACAGUGAUCAAUGACACAGUGGGUGCCAUGAUGACCUGUGGCUACGAGGACCGUAACUGUGAAGUUGGUCUCAUCGUGGGAACUGGUACCAACGUCUGCUACAUGGAGGAGCUGCGGAACAUGGAUUUAGUGGAGGGCGACGAGGGCCGGAUGUGUGUUAAUGUAGAGUGGGGCGCUUUCGGAGAUGACGGCGCUCUGGAGGACCUGCGCACUGAUGUUGAUCGAGAAAUGGAUGAAGGCUCGCUACACCCUGGGAAACAGCUAUUUGAGAAGAUGAUCAGCGGGAUGUACAUGGGGGAACUGGUGCGUCUCAUCCUGGUUAGGAUGACCAAAGAACAGCUGCUGUUCCAGGGCAAGAUGACUGCACAGCUGCUGACCACCCAACACAUUCGCUCCAGCUACAUCUAUGAGAUUGAAUGCAACAAUGACAUUGAAGGUCUGCUGAAUGCUGAGAAGGUGCUGAAGGGACUGGACCUGGAUCCUUCUCUAGAGGACUGCAUAGCCACUCGGAGGGUGUGUCAGAUUGUUUCUACACGUGCUGCCCACCUGUGUGCUGCCUCCUUGGUGGCAGUGCUCCGGCAGAUUCGGGAUAACAAGGCAGCUGAAAAACUGCGAGCCACUAUUGGAGUGGACGGUUCAGUCUACAAGAAUCAUCCAGAGUUUGGCAAGAAACUCCAAAAGAUGGUGCGUCGGCUUAUGCCAGACUGCGAUCCGCAUUUCUUGCUGUCGGAGGAUGGCAGUGCAAAGGGCUCAGCCAUGGUGACGGCGGUAGCUUCCCGGCUUGCCGUCCAACAUGCUCAACGGCAGCGUGUCCUUGACACGCUACAUUUGAGCCGUGAGCAGCUUCUGGAGGUGAAGAAGCGGAUGAGUGAGGGGAUGGUGCUCGGACUUUCAAAGCAAACACACAAGCAAACCAGCAUCAAGAUGCUGCCCACCUACGUCAGGUCUAUACCUGAUGGAACAGAACAAGGUAACUUUUUGGCUUUGGAUUUCGGGGGCUCCACUUUUCGAGUGCUGCUGGUGCAGUUACACAGUGGAAUGAGACGCAGGGCCGAGAUUCACAGCAAGAUCUACAGCAUCCCACAGGAGACCAUGCAAGGCACAGGCGAGGAGCUUUUCGAUCAUAUUGUGGACUGCUUGGCCAGGUUUCUGGAGUAUAAGGGCAUGAAAGGAGCGUCCUUACCUUUGGGAUUUACCUUUUCCUUCCCCUGUCAACAAAGCAAACUGGAUGAGGGGAUCCUUCUGAAUUGGACAAAAGGUUUCAAAGCCAGCGACUGUGUAGGAAAAGAUGUGGUUACGUUACUCAAAGACGCUGUCCACCGUAGAAAGGAGUUUGAGCUGAACUUUGUGGCAGUAGUUAAUGACACAGUGGGAACUAUGAUGACAUGUGGCUAUGCAGACCCCAAAUGUGAGGUGGGACUCAUCGUAGGCACGGGCACAAAUAUCUGCUACAUGGAGGAAGUGGAGAACAUAGACCUGGUGGAAGGCUACGAAGGUCGCAUGUGUGUCAACGUGGAGUGGGGAGCAUUCGGCGAGCUCGGAGAACUGGACGAAUUCUACACCCAAUUUGAUCUCACAGUGGACAAUUGCUCAAAUAACCCCGGCAAACAGAGGUAUGAGAAGAUGAUCAGCGGGAUGUACCUGGGCGAGAUCGUGAGGAACGUGCUGCUGGAUUUCACAACCAAAGGUCUGCUGUACGGAGGCAAGCCGUCCGAGAGGCUCAAAACCCGAGGCAUCUUUGAAACGAAGUUCCUUUCACAGAUUGAAACCGACCGUCUGGCCCUGAGGCAAGUCCGCGCCAUCCUGCAGCACCUGGGUCUGACCAGCUCCACGUGCGACGACAGUGUUCUGGUGAAGGAGGUCUGCUGCGUGGUGGCUCGUCGUGCGGCCCAGCUCUGCGGCGCCGGCCUUGCUGCCGUGGUGGACAAGAUACGGCAGAACCGACACCUGCAGCAGCUGUGCAUCACCGUGGGCGUGGACGGCACGCUCUACAAGAUCCACCCACAUUUCUCCAGCGUCAUGCAAGAAACACUGCAAGAUUUAGCGCCACAGUGUCAGGUAACGUUUCUCCGUUCUGAAGAUGGGAGUGGGAAAGGAGCAGCGCUGAUCACGGCGGUGGCCUGCUGCGAGAACGGCGAGCAGCAGUGCUGAGCCGUCAGCAACCAGGUGUAAUAACCAUGAGUAAUAACCAGGAGUAAUCCACUUAACUCUGCAGUCCUCAUUGUAGUUCUUAUGUUUGUUUUUAAUGCAGUUUGUUUGUCGAACACUCGUCUUUAUUUAUGGCAUUUAAAAGGUGUUAAAUUAAGAGUCGGCAUGUGUUUAAUCUGACUUUUCUAAACUGUGAGUCUUUUUAAUGUUCCAGCCGCCUGCAAGGAAACAUGAGAAGAAACGUGUACUUGCACUGUUUUUAAUUCAUGUUCUGGGUAAACUGUCAGUUUUUGAAGUUUGAACCCAAAAUAUACAACUUCUUAAACCAUGAAACUGCAAAAAAGAAAUGAUUAAAUCAUUAAAAUAGU